GCAGAAGAAGGAGAGCGUGAGCCGGUCUGAACAUAAACCGCUUCGGGCUGUCUGCGGCUCACUUGUCGUUCACUCGCGCACAAGGAGCACUGAGCUCACGCAAAAAAACUCUGAAAAUUUAAGUUUUCUUCGAUACCGGUCGGUGAAGCAGUUUCUUUUCUUUAAGUACACGGACAGUCAAUGUGGUUGUGUGUGAACGUGCCGGAUAGCAGACCUCCACCUGCCCAGCAAGAUCACGGGACUCUGCCGUUCACCUCAGGCGCACGAGGACAUCGUUUGCAUGAAACUGUGGCCAGAUAAAAGCAGUGGAUGCAACUACGCUCCAUUUAUAGAAAAAAGGUGGAAGAGUGGGAGAGGCUCUGAAGAGGACCGGCUGACCACCGGCAGAUACACCUCAGCUGACGCUGCCUCCAAACCCGGCCUGAAACGUACAAUGUCCCUCAGCACUUUUCACAUCAUGCAGACCCUUAAGAACUCUCCUGCGGCGCUGCGUCGGCGCUUUUGCCGCGACCGCACAGAGUCUUUAUCCCACGGCGACCCUCUCUUCAAAGUCCACUACCUGGGCACGGAGAAAAUCUUCUCUCUGGAUCGAGAGCAGGCCCAGGACGCCAUUAGCCACUUGCUGGAGGGCAUUGCUAACGGGAAGAAGCUGAGCAAAGAUCACGCCCUGGUGGUGCGCCCAAGAUACGUGGAGGUCAAAGAACUGAGCACAGGUCGGCAGCUCACUAAGACCUACCUGCAGGACAUUGCGUACUGUGCCGCGGAUGCCAACCGGCCCAACGUCUUCCUGUACAUCUGCAGACACCACGGGCAGCAGCUGCAGUGUCGGGUGUUCUGGUGCAGCCGGGCCGAGCGGGCUCGAGACAUGACGGCUUGCCUGGCGCAUUCUUUCCAGCGGGCGCUGAGCGACUGGCAGGAUGGCUCGGCCACGCUGCAGCCAGGAGGCAAACGGGCAGAGGAGUCGUCCAACUCUCCCGCCAACACCAAGAGCUCUACGCUGCCUGCCAGCCUGGGAAAAGUUCGCUGGAAGAAGAGGGGCUCUGUGUCUCGCAGCCCCCUCAGGGCCAUCAGCAGAAGAGGAUCUGCCUCUGACAGCUGGAACUGAACCCCAGCUUUAAUCCCUCAAACACAUUAACCUGAUGACAACCUCAAGGAUGACAGCACUGACGGGAGGGGAGGGAGCGACUACAGGACAGGAGGAAGGACAAAGGGGGACGACAGCGGGAAGUGGGAGCGUCCGUAUUUGGACAUAUGAGGACUCUGCUUGUGAGAGGAUGUUGGCGUAAUCAGUGAGCGUAUGGACUUGAUGGUUUUGAAGUGGCAAAAUUGUCUGUUGACUUUUGCAAGAGUGGCGUCCAGUGUGGCACAAAACGCUGCUGACGGUUGCUUUUGUCCACCUGUCAGCAGCUAUGUGAGGACUCGCGAUUGGCCGCAAGCCAUUCGAGGACCGGACUGGUUCAUUUCCAGGACUGUUCUUAUGGUGGGCUUGUUUGUUUUUAAGUCGUCUACUCGAUAUUUAGGCCACUCAAGAGUUUGGUCUGUCGAGACAAGAGAGACAGUUGAACCAACGAUACCAGCUGCUGGCCAAAUGAUCCACAGAUGACAACUAAAAACUGGAAAAAGACAACAAGCUUGAUUUUGUAGGCUGAUUUUUAUUUAACUGACAUGUGACAGGUCAUGAUGAUUUUAUUCUAUUUAUUUUUUAUUUUUUUUAACCCUGUGGCACUAGCAAGCAUCUUUCUUUGUUUUCGAAGUGGAUGGAUGAAACCAAAUUUUUAAUCUGUGUUCUGAGAGUUUUUGCCAAGAUCACUUAAAUGCAGGUCGUACAAACGUCAAGUAAAACUGAUUACAGUCUGUAAAGCACAUGAAUGCCCUACAUUUCUAACUGUAAAAUUGGCCUCUAAACACAUCAGUUUUGUAGUUUCUUACUUUAUUUGAAGAGGUCAGUAGCGUCCAUGGUUAUAUGACAGGCCCAGCACCUGCAUUAUAAAUGGGGGGCGGGGAAAUAGUUCCAAGUAGAACCUGCAGGAUCAACAAUAUCCUCCCCUUAUAUACCGCAGCAGCAUCCUGCAAAAAAAACAAACAAACAAACAAAAAACACCCUGGAUCCUAUCUGUCCACUGUGAUAAAUGAUUUGCAUUCAUGUGGAAAAACACCCUCGGCCAUGACUUGCAGGGUUGGUCUGCGUCUGAACACUGGGAACGUUGUGUUCCCAUGUGGAGCCUCUGUGUGGAAUGUGCGGCCAUGCACCUGCAUUCCAAGUGGGGGAAUCUGAGACGGAGGAUCUUCUCAAAAAGCCCCGUACUCUUCUCCCUGUCCAGCCAUGACUUUGCAUAUUGAGCAGCCUCAUCAGUAGAUGCUACACUGGGCUUUUAGCUCCGAGCCCUUGACUUGUUCGCAUUAGCAAAGCCAUAAAAGGUGCCCUAACUACUUCGAGUGGUGGUUAUAGGCACGGGUAUGCGCCGUGUUGCAUAACAUGCUCUCAUGAUGCUGAUUUCUGUCUUAAGGUUUACAAAUGAGACUUUAAGAUUUGUAGCACACACCCUGAGGCUACCAUAAAGUUGUCAUUUUGUGUUUUUUUUUAACCAAAACUAAGCUAGAAAGGUUUCUAUUGUUUUUUUUAAACAGGAAAGAUAUUUUGACUUAUGUGCCACUAGGUCAUUUUUAUCAGUUAAUUUUAACGUUUUGUACUCGUGGUCUAUCUUUUCAGUUACAAAUGGCGCAGCCCCAUUCUCAGAAAAGGGGUUAAAUGUGCCUGCUUUAAGGCGUAUUUUAUCAAUGUACUGUUUUACGUUCUUGUACAUAUUUAAUUAAUAUGUAUUUUAUGGAAUAUUAAAAUGUUUCA